GUGAGUGUUACUGGGCAUUAGUCAUUGUGGCAUGAAGCCUUAGAGUUUAUGAUUGCUUAAAGAGAACUUGUACACUUUUUUAUCUACUUAUUCAAAUGUUGAGAGCCAACCGUUAGCAUUAUUCCAUGAAAGGUUAGUAUGUUAGGCUAUCAGUUUCUUUGUCCCCUCGAAGCCGGUGUUCUUUUUCUAGCAGAAAGGGUCAGUCUCUGUGACCAAACAACAUUUGUCCCGUCUCUGUCUACUCCUCAUUGGUUCACCUAGACUUUUCUCGAGAGAACACGUUGCGUCAUAGGAUGCCUUUGUUGUCAAUCAAGAGAGUCACAAUGAGCUGGUCCAGGAGCCUCCUGUUUUUUUGACAGGUGAGAUGAGUAGAGUUCACGAAAACCUAUCACAGUUCAUGGGCAAUAAGGAUAGCUUUCGGCUGUCCUUUUUAUUUUUUAAACAUGAAGACAAGCAGACCCUUUGAAUGAUCUAAUCUAGAAUGUCGAAUCUGAAGAGGAGAGUAGGCGUAGCUGCUUGCUAGCCAGCCAUCGACCCAAGCAAGCUAGCUAAAAGACGGAGUGUUUGUAGUCUUGGGACGCCAGCCAGUUGUUCAUCGCCGGUGUACUCUUGCCAGCUAGUCUUGGGAUGCUGUUACGCUUGGGGCUUCCUGCAUGAUGUGUUACCGUGGUGACAACGGAGAACACCCACACCCAUCCCCCUCUCCCUUCUCCUGGGCCGCCGCCCCUCCCACGCCCCCCUCCCCCUAAAGCAGUCCUGACCUCACCAAGAUGGACAGGAAGGAGCCGCCUAUCUAUAACGACGACAGUGUGGGGACCUUUCAGUACAAGUUGCCGUUCUACGAGACCAUGGAGCUGUUCAUCGAAACUUUGACGGGGACCUGUUUCGAGCUGCGCGUCUCGCCCAUCGAGACAGUCAUCUCUGUCAAGGCCAAGAUCCAGAGGCUGGAAGGUAUCCCUGUUGCCCAGCAACACCUGAUCUGGAACAACUUGGAGCUGGAGGAUGAGUACUGUCUGCAUGAUUACAGUAUUGCUGAGGGCUGUACUCUGAAGCUGGUGCUAGCCAUGAGAGGAGGACCCAUCAACACCAGGAGAGUGCCUGUUGAGGACCCAGUGAAGGAGAUCGCUGAGAGAAUGGAGGAGGGCUGGGAGAAGAGUCUGCCUAGCAACAAGCAGGUCACCUUCCUGGUGUACCGAGAGGGAGACCAGCUCAACUUCUUCCGGGUCGUCGACCGGGGGGACGGAACUCUGACCCCUGUCUCAGAAUCACUCAGUGGUGGCUCGGUGUACAACAUGUACGAGGAGGAGGAGGAGGAGGAGGAGACGGUGGGCUUGGCUUUGGGACAGCCGUCCCUGGAGAACUCCAUCACCAUGAACAAGAUGAAACUGCUCAAAGCCAAGAUGGAGGACAUGAACAUCAACAAGAAGCCUAAGAAGUCUGCUGAGUUGAAACCUCUGUCACCCGUCGUUCCCCGGCCCUGCCGCAACUUUCUGGGGCCACCCCGACACCCCCGCCUCUUCAAUAUCCUGCCCCAGAUCAACCAAUCCCACCACUCCGCCUCACACUUACCUCCAAUCAGGGACCAGGGAUCCGCAACUCCCUCCCUUCCCGUUGCUGCUACCUCCGCCACCCACCCGUCAAUCAGCGGCCAGGCGCCGCCCUAUUUCUCCUCCUCGUCCUGUUACAUGCUCCAGGAGGAGGAGCCAUGGGAGACCAGCCCCAAGUCGAUCCGGCCCCCUCCCAAAGUUUCCCGGUUGGACAUCGGCAGCACCAGGCUCAUGAGGGACUGUGUGUACCCGCAGCUCCCCGCACUCCCCAGCAGGGGGCAAGCUGAGGGGGCAGUGGAGCUGCCCGACCCCAGAGGAGAGGCACUGGGGCUGGAGUUGCUGGAGGAGGUUGCAGGCCUGCUGGAGCCCACACCGCCUGGAGCUCUGUACGGAGACCUGCUCACUGACCCCCUCAUCCUGGACAUCUCUACCCAGCCAGAGGAGGGUUUGGGUGGGUUGAAUGGGCUAGGAGCCCUGGAGGUUGGCGCAGAGCACCAGCACCAGCUCCCCUCCACCCCCUCUCUGCUCUCACAAGCUGAGGGGAUGAACUCUUUAAACAACUGGGCGAUGAGUGGUUCUGAUAGGUUAGCCAGCAAAGGUGAGAGGACACAGUUACUAGGUAACACCCUUCAUCAUAUACCCGACUCUCCUUCCCCCUCCCCCUCCUCAUCCUCCCCCUCUAGUAGACGGAGACUACCACAACCCUUUGAGUUCACAGGCUCAGCAACGUCAACCAUACGACCCAAUCCCCCCUCCUCCUCCCGCCCCACCACUCUCCUCUCCCCUGCUCCAACUCUCCCCUCCGUCUCUCUUCCACGUGGCUCUCUUCUGCGAGGCAUCAAGGUGGACUCCUCAGGCAAGCGGCCGGAGAUGAUGAGUAAAAGUGAGGCACGGGGCGUCACCAAGCUGACCAACCAGGCCUGUAAGAACCCUCUCGGGUCCCUCGGCAACACAGAGCUCCUGGCCUCCUUGUCCUCUUCCUCCAGGACUCCAGGUGGCAGCAGCAGCAGGGAAGGCCUGGGACAGAGCCUGGGACUCGGUUUGGGGCUGCCCGCUGUUGGGGCCGGGCUGGGCAGGCUAGGCUCCAUGGCCCCCUCCCUCCAAGCCAACAUCCAGCUGCUCCAGGAGGACCUGAUCCGACGAAUGUCCCCACUACAGAGAGCGACUGCCUCUUACAUGGCACCCAACAGCAUAGGAUCAGCUGGAGGCUCCAGUUCAAUAAGGAGACUAGGCCCCCCUGCAUAUCACCUGCCUCCAGUCAAGGUCCCGCUGGCCAAUAAGAAGAAGGAAUCUAAACACUGCUUCCUCUGUGGCAAGAAGACUGGUCUGGCCACCAGCUACGAGUGCAGGUGUGGUAACAACUUCUGCGCCACCCACCGCUACGCAGAGACCCACGACUGCACGUACAACUACAAGAGCGCCGGACGCCGCUUCCUCCAGGAAACCAACCCCAUCGUCAACGCUCCCAAGCUGCCCAAGAUCUGAGCCCCUCCCCCUGUCCCCCCUCUAUCCCUGCACUCCUCUUUCCUCUUUUGGGAUGGAGGGAUGAAAGGAAAAUUAAAUAACGGAAAGAAAGAAGGGAUUUGAUCACCACUGUGUGCUUUUUAACGACGGCAAAACGGCAAGUGUGAACAGAACGGAGACCACCGAAUAUGAACUUUAGUAGCUAGCUAUCACCUCCGCUCCGGACAAUGUGAACGAACUGUUGAUCCGCUUUUACUCAUAAACCUUGAUAUUUUUCCAGAGCAGAAAAGUAUUGCAUGUACAUUUGUAGUUUUUAAAGCAAAAUGUGUGUUGUGUAUUUCACGUUUUAACAGAACAGAAGUGCACGACUCCAAGCGUAUGUUAUAUCCUGAUAUCUUCUGCUUUGUUUCUUUGUUUAUCAGAUUGUUUCUAAAAAUAGGACUGCAGAUCACUUUUUCAUGCGACAAGUCUUUGAGAGAUGCACUUUAGAAUUAUCAUAUUUAUAUACACCAAUGCUUGACUUUGACAUUUUUUAGAGGGAAGGCUCUUCUGUGUUUCUUUUGUAAUUAAGGGGUUUUAUGUUGUCUUACUGUCUAUCAUAAUGUUUUUAUAUCCAGUACCCAUCUCUCCUUUCCCCCUCUCCUAUGGGCACAUACAUACUGGCAUCACUCUUACAACACGUAUUUUACUAAAGGGUCUAACACUUCCCGUUGAUGAGAAACUACACUGAACAAAAAUAUAAACGCAACAUGUAAAGUGUUGGUCCCAUGUUUCAUGAGCUGAAAUAAAAGAUC